AUGGCUUGGGCUCUGAAGUUGCCGCUCACUGAUGAGGUGAUUGAAUCAGGUCUGGUCCAGGACUUUGAUGCCAGUCUCUCUGGCAUUGGACAAGAGCUUGGAGCUGGCGCGUACAGUAUGAGGUAUGAAUCAUAAUUGGAAGUCUAUUGAAAUGUUAAAAUGGCAAGACAUACUACUUUGAACUUUCAUAGAAAUCUGUCUGUCAGUGAAAAAAAAAAAAAACUGCAUUAUUUGUCUUGAGGAGUAGCCUAUUCAAGAGUAGACCCUAUCAUCUGUAUCAGUUAGCCUAUAAUGAGUUGGUGGCCGUUGCUCUCUAGUAAUUUGGCAUUUUGCAUGGUGUCGGGUGGUGCUGCUUUAAUUGUCAGGAGUGUGUGUUUUCAGUUCAGCGAGAGCGUCAGCAAAGGAACCUAUGAAUAGUGAAGCUGUAAAGUACUGUGUGUUAUAGAACACAUAGAAUGCAUUUAGAAUGUUUCCUAUUCUCAAUGUUGCUAAAUUGUCUCUCCUACACUAUAGUUUACCGUUUGCCUACUAUUUGUGUUGGUGGAUAGGACAGCUUCUCAAAAUACUGUGUAUGUCAAAUGUAGUUAGUUUUUUGUGUUUUUUUUUUUUUUAAACACAUCACACACACAUUUUGUAGUGUUUUACAGAAAAAGCUUUUUUUUUGCCACAAAUUCAUGAGUUUGCCCGUUCAUAGACUACCAUUAGCACCUAUUGACGAUAGUAUCUUCUGGCCGGGGGAGUUUUAUUAAGAGCCCCGACGCUUGCUCUAAACGUUAACACGCAUCGCUUGUACAUAAGGAACAUAAGGAAUCAAUCUUUCAUAUCAGGGAGAAAUAAGACUAAACAUUUUAAAAAUAUUAAAUUACUACACACCUUUGUAGGGUUAGGGUUCCCACACGGCCAUAUUUUCAUGUUAGUGUUUUUUUAACGGAGAACAGACGGAAGACAGUCGACUACCUGUGCUAAUUAGCCAUCUGUCUCCGAACACCUGUGUGUAAACAGAAGACGGACACCAUGAACGUGUUGUCACUGGAAAAUACUGUUGGCUUUAAGUGUUAAAACCGGUUAAAACACUGGACAGUAAGUGUAAAUAAUUUUGAUGUGAUAUGAAAGUAAAGGGCUUUAUGGUUCUAAAACCGUACUGCAAUUGAGCUUCGAUUCACGUUUAGAUGUAGUAUUUGCCUGUUUUGGUUGCCAGACCCAAUUCGCCUCUAAACAGAACAAGGUCCUUGGACUAUAAUCUGUAAAGUUAGGCUCCUUUAGUCCAUUAUUGGGCUAGCAUAGGCCUAACCUUCCAUCAGUUCUCUCUUGAGGGUUGUUCUUAUGCCAGAAAAGAGGAGGCCUUAAUCUGUCAGUCUUGGGAUUCUUCCUGCGUCAGGAACAGUUUUUGUGCAAGGGAUACAUCCCUCUCUUUCAGACUGCUCUUUUGUCAGUAUUGUAAGUGUUCUGUUACAUGAUACUAAAGUGCCUGAAAAGUGCCUCAUUGUCAGUGUAAUUCUUAUGUUGAGGGAGGAUGAGAUACCCAGGCUGCGUAAGUAUUCAUCCCCCUUGGCAUUUUUCCUAUUUUGUUGCCUUACAACCUGGAAUUAAAAUGGAUUUUUUGGGGGGUUUGUAUCAUUUGAUUUACACAACAUGCCUACCACUUUGAAGACGCAAAAUAAUUUUUUAUUGUGAAAUAAGACAAAAAAACAGAACUUGAGCAUGCAUAACUAUUCACCCCCCCCCCCCCCCCCCCCCAAAGUCAAUACUUUGUAGAGCCACCUUUUGCAGCAAUUACAGCUGCAAGUCUCUUGGGGUAUGUCUCUAUAAGCUUGGCACAUCUAGCCACUGGGACUUUUGCCCAUUCUUCAAGGCAAAACUGCUCCAGCUCCUUCAAGUUGGAUGGGUUCCGCUGGUGUACAGAAAUCUUUAAGUCAUACCACAGAUUCUCAAUUGGAUUGAGGUCUGGGCUUUGACUAGGCCAUUCCAAGACAUUUAAAUGUUUCCCCUUAAACCACUCAAGUGUUGCUUUAGCAGUAUGCUUAUGGUCCUGCUGGAAGGUGAACCUCCAUCCCAGUCUCAAAUCUCUGGAAGACUGAAACAGGUUUCCCUCAAGAAUUUCCCUGUAUUUAGCGGCAUCCAUCAUUCCUUCAAUUCUGACCAGUUUCCCAGUCCCUGCCGAUGGAAAAACAUUCCCACAGCAUGAUGCUGCCACCACCAUGCUUCACUGUGGGGAUGAUAAUAUUAAUAAUAAUAUGCCAUUUAGCAGACGCUUUUAUUCAAAGCGACUUAGUCAUGUGUGCAUAAAUUUUUUACGUAUGGGUGGUCCCGGGGAUCGAACCCACUACCCUGGCGUUACAAGCGCCAUGCUCUACCAAUUGAGCUACAGAGGACCACAGGAUGGUGUUCUCGGGGUGAUGAGAGGUGUUGGGUUUGCGCCAGACAGUGUUUUCCUUGAUGGCCAAAAAGCUCAAUUUUAGUCUCAUCUGACCAGAGUACCUUCUUCCAUAUGUUUCGGGAGUCUCCCACAUGCCUUUUGGCAAAUGCCAAACGUGUUUGCUUAUUUUUGUCUUUAAGCAAUGGCUUUUUUCUGGCCCCUCUUCCGUAAAGCCCAGUUCUGUGGAGUGUAUGGCUUAAAGUGGUCCUAUGGACAGAUUCUCCAAUCUCCGCUGUGGAGCUUUGCAGCUCCUUCAGGGUUAUCUUUGGUCUCUUUGUUGCCUCUCUGAUUAAUGCCCUCCUUGCCUGGUCCGUGAGUUUUGGUGGGCGGCCAUCUCUUGGCAGGUUUGUUGUGGUGCCAUAUUCUUUCAAUUUUUUAAUAAUGGAUUUAAUGGUGCUCUGUGGGAUGUUCAAAGUUUCAGAUAUUUUUUUUAUAACCCAACCCUGAUCUGUACUUCUCCACAACUUUGUCCCUGACCUGUUUGGAGAGCUCCUUGGUCUUCAUGGUGCCGCUUGCUUGGUGGUGCCCUUUGCUUAGUGGUGUUGUAGACUCUGGGGCCUUUCAGAACAGGUGUGUAUAUAUACUGAGCUCAUGUGACAGAUCAUGUGACACUUAGAUUGCACACAGGUGGACUUUAUUUAACUAAUUAUGUGACUUCUAAAGGUAAUUGGUUGCACCAGAUCUUAUUUAGGGGCUUCAUAGCAAAGGGGGUGAAUACAUAUGCAUGCACCACUUUUCCGUUAUUUAUUCUUUAGACUUUUUUGAAACAAGUUCUUUUUUUCAUUCCACUUCACCAAUUUGGACUAUUUUGUGUAUGUCCAUUACAUGAAAUCCAAAUAAAAAUCAAUUUAAAUUACAGGUUGUAAUGCAACAAAAUAGGAAAAACGCCAAGGGGGGUGAAUACUUUUGCAAGGCACUGUACCAAGGUAGUUGAUUGUUUGGCACAGGUUUUUACUAUCAUAAGUAAUGAACUGUGAAGAAAGAGUGUUAUAAAUCACUUGUCCUUUUCCAGUGGCUCCUAGUGAAAUAUUAAUUUCAUUACAUUUAUUGGGUGGGUACAGAAUUUCCUCACGUUUUAAUUUGAUUUGGAUUUUUUUUUUCUAUUUUAUGAGUUGAGCUCACCUUCUCAGUCUGUCUUGUAUUCUGGAGGUACACGUUCUGUUGAGUUGUUGUUUCAGACAGUUCUUGAUACUAUGCCAAUGUCAGGUGCUUGUAAAGGACCGUGGCUUGCCAGUUCAUUGACCAUGUUGUCUUGCGGUUCUUUCUCCAGCGACGUGCUGGCCCUCCCUAUUUUUAAGCAGGAGGAGUCUAACCUGCCGCCUGACAGUGAGAACAAGAUUCUUCCUUUCCAGUAUGUUCUGUGUGCAGCUACCUCGCCUGCUAUCAAACUGCAUGAUGAAACACUUACCUACCUCAACCAAGGUUAGCAUCUGUCUGUUUUUCCAUUUCCAUUACAUGCUUUUCUUGUGAAUUUGAUGCUAAUUUAAAAGAAAUAGCCAGACGAUUGUGUGUAUAUGUGUAUGUACAUACAGUACCAGUCAAGUUUGGACACACCUACUCAUUCAAGGGUUUUUCUUUAUUUUUACUAUUUUCUACAUUGUAGAAUAAUAGUGAAGACAAUGAAACUAUGAAAUAACACAUAUGGAAGCAUGACUAAAUGUAAAAAAAUGUAGUAACCAAAAAAGUGUUAAACAAAUCAAAAUAUAUUUUAGAUUCUUCAAAGUAGCCACCCUUUGCCUUGAUGACAGCUUUGCACACUCUUGGCAUUCUCUCAACAAGCUUCACCCGGAAUGCUUUUCUAACAGUCUUGAAGGAGUUCCCACAUAUGCUGAGCACUUGUUCGCUGCUUUUCCUUCACUCUGCGGUCUGACUCAUCCCAAACCAUCUCAGUUGGGUUGAGGUUGGGUGAUUGUGGAGGCCAGGUCAUCUGAUGCAGUACUCCAUCACUCUCCUUCUUGGUCAAAUAGCCCUUACACAGACUGGGGGUGUGUUUUGGGUCAUUGUCCUGUUGAAAAACAAAUGAUAGUCCCACUAAGCGCAAACCAGAUGGGAUGGCGUAUCACUGCAGAAUGCUGUGGUAGCCAUGCUGGUUAAGUGUGCCUUGAAUUCUAAAUAAAUCACAGACAGUGUCACCAGCAAAGCACCCCCACACCAUCACACCUCCUCCUCCAUGAUUCACGGUGGGAACCACACAUGCGGAGAUCAUCCGUUCACCUACUCUGCGUCUCACAAAGACACAGCAGUUGGAACCAGAAAUGUCAAAUUUGGACUCAUCAGACCAAAGGACACAUUUCCAGCGGCCUAAUGUCCUUUGCUCAUGUUUCUUGGCCCAAGCAAGUCUCUUCUUAUUGGUGUCCUUUAGUAGUGGUUUCUUUGCAGCAAUUUCACCAUGAAGGCCUGAUUCACGCAGUCUCCUCUGAACAGUUGAUGUUGAGAUGUGUCUGUUACUUUAACUCUGAAACAUUUAUUUGGGCUGCAAUCUGAGGUGCAGUUAACUCUAAAUAACUUAUCCUCUGCAGCAGAGGUAACUCUGGGUCUUCCUUUCCUGUGGCGGUCCUCAUGAGAGCCAGUUUCAUCAUAGCGCUUGAUGGUUUUUGCGACUGCACUUGAAGAAACUUUCAAAGUUCUUGAAAUUUUCCAGAUUGACUGACCUUCAUGUCUUAAAGUAAUGAUGGACUGUCGUUUCACUUUGCUUAUUUGAGCUGUUCUUGCCAUAAUAUGGACUUGGUCUUUUACCAAAUAGGGCUAUCUUCUGUAUUCCACCCCUACCUUGUCACAACACAACUGAUUGGCUCAAACGCAUUAAGAAGGAAAGAAAUUCCACAAAUGAACUUUUAAGUAGGAACACUAGUUAAUUGAAAUGCAUUCCAGGUGACUACCUCAUGAAGCUGGUUGAGAGAAUGCCAAUAUGGAAUCAUGUAGUAACCAAAAAAGUGUUAAACAAAUCAAAAUAUAUUUGAGAUUCUUCAAAUAGCCACCGUUUGUCUUGAUGAUGGCUUUGCACACUCUUGGCAUUCUCUCAACCAGCUUCAUGAGGUAGUUACCUGGAAUGCAUUUCAAUUAAAAGUUAAUUUGUGGAAUUUCUUUCCUUCUUAAUGCGUUUGAGCCAAUCAGUUGGGUUGUGGCAACAGUUACAGUUAUGAAGGAUGCCUGUAUCCUUGUAGUGACAGGGUGUAUUGAUACCCCAUCCAAAGUGUAAUAACUUCACCAUGCUCAAAGGGAUUUUCAGUGUCUGCUUUUUUUUUUUACCCAUCUACCAAUAGGUGCCCUUCUUUGCGAGGCAUUGGAAAACCUCCCUGGUCUUUGUGGUUUAAUCUUUGCUUGAAAUUCACUGCUCGACUGAGGGACCUUACAGAUAAUUGUAUGUGUGGGGUACAGAGAUGCGGUAGUCAUAAAAUAAAUCAUGUUAAACACUAUUAUUGCACACACAGUGAGUCUAUGCAACUUAUGUGACUUGUUAAGCACAUGUUUACUCCUGAACUUAUUUAGGCUUGCCAUAACAAAGGGGUUGAAUACUUAUUGACUCAAGACAUUUCAGCUUUUCAUUUUAAAUUAAUUUGUAAAAAUGUUUAAUUUCACUUUGACAUGAUGUGGUAUUGUGUGUAGGCCAGUGACGACAAAAUCUAAAUUGAAUCCAUUUUAAAUUCAGGCUGUAACACAACAAAAUGUGGGAAGUCAAAGGGUGUGAAUACUUUCUGAAGGCACUGUGUGUGUCCUAUCCUAUCUAUCUAAAGAUUAUGUUUCGAUUUCAGGACAGUCUUAUGAAAUUCGAAUGCUUGACAAUCGGAAAUUGGGUGAACUCCCAGAAAUCACUGGCAAAAUGGUGAAGGUAAGUUUAACAAGAACACUGAGUCAUGACCAUAGGCAUGAGAGUGAGUGAUUGCAUUGGCCUGUUCCAAUGACAAUUUCCCAUGUGGUCUAUCAGUAGUGCAGGUACUUCCUGGUUCCUCAGUGAUGUUUCUGUGUGUCCCCAGAGCAUAAUCCGAGUAGUCUUCCAUGACCGGCGUCUUCAGUACACAGAGCACCAGCAGCUGGAGGGCUGGCGCUGGAACAGGCCUGGGGACCGCAUCCUCGACCUGGGUAAGCUCUCUGUCUGGGAUGGGUGGUGGCCUUCUCUGAAUGAAGAAGGAUAGGAUGGGGCUGCUUUUAAGACUUUAUCUGCUGUGGCACUGACAUAGCUUACAUUUAACACUGAGUUGGAUCUUAAGUGAAAGAAAUGAUGGUUGACAACAGGCUGCAUAACAUAGACUGAGUGCUCACACAAUCCUUUUGAAAACUUGUCUUGUGUUGCUCCAUUGUAGAUAUCCCCAUGUCAGUUGGCAUGGUCGACCCCAGGGCUAACCCUACUCAGCUUAACACUGUGGAGUUCCUGUGGGACCCUUCAAAAAGAACCUCGGUUUUUAUCCAGGUAGCAUGAUAAACACAACCACAUGGUUUUUUUCAUAAUGCUGGUCGUAGCUUAUCUUCUAACAUCAGUCCAAGGCUAUCUGAAUGGAAUGGAAACAAAUGGUUUUCAAGCCAAAUAGAGUUCGCUCUGUGUUUGUACUGAAUAAAACAAUUAAUAGUGUUGUACUAUAUGACAACUUUAGCAAAAUCCUCCAGUUUUCAAAUAGUCCUGCCAAUUCCUUGUUUUAGGUUCACUGCAUCAGCACAGAGUUCACCAUGCGGAAGCACGGGGGAGAGAAGGGCGUGCCUUUCCGCAUCCAGAUUGACACUUUCAAAGAGAACGAUGGCGAAGAGUAUACAGAGCACCUGCAUUCUGCCAGCUGUCAGGUCAAAGUCUUCAAGGUGAGAGGAAAGUCUGACCAAAGACAUUUACUGUUGCCAUAAAAAGUCAUUUGAUCCUGGUCACGGUACUAUCUAUUAUAAACAUAUCUUUACCUCACCUGUGGCAGCCUAAAGGUGCAGACAGGAAGCAGAAGACAGACCGAGAGAAGAUGGAAAAGAGAGCGCCUCAGGAGAAGGAGAAAUACCAGCCCUCGUACGAAACCACCAUCCUAACAGAGGUUAGAGUCAGUGUGUUGAGUGAAUGGGAUGGAGGAAAAUGUUGGAUAUAAGAGGAUAUGGAGAGAAAGAUGUGGCAGCAGUCAGUAUGAAGUCUAAGGAAUGAAGAAACAUGAACAAGAAUUAUGCUUAAUUUAAUAUUUGUGUCAGUAAUUUCAUCAUAAUGCAUAGAAAUUCUGUACAACACAGGAUUUCUUUCUGAAGUAAAAACGUACGUCUGGAGAGCUGGAUUAUGUAAAGAGCCUAGUUCCUUCCCUACUAGAAUAACAUAAAUGUUCUCUUGCAGUGCUCUCCCUGGCCAGAGGUCACCUAUGUAAAUAACUCUCCAUCGCCUGGCUUCAACAGCUCACACAACAGUUUUCCAGUGGCAGAGGGGUAGGGAUCAGGACAUAAACAUUCAGCCUGCACUGAACCACACUGCUUGCAUUACAAAUUGUUUAUUUUGUUUUAUAUGUACAUUUAUAAAAGAUGGAGGAUGCAAUGUCUAAUACACCUGUUCUUUGUUCUCUUUGGGAAUUUCUGUCGGUUUUCCUUCUAUUCCCAGAAUGUCCAUCCCAACCUUUUCUCAUUCCUGUUCUCUGUCCCUCCCAGGAAUGGAUCCCCCAGUCACCAGCCAGAGCCAGUUGUUCAGGUGGCAGAUGUAAUUACCUGUGUCCCUUCCCUUUGUGUGUCCUAAACCCACCUAUGGAUCAUAGUCUCCUACGCCAUCCCUUCCCUUGUCAUCAACCCCCACAUCUACAUGUUUAAAGUCCAGCUUUUUUCACAUAACUGAAGUUGGCACAUUGUGGUCAUGCUUUAAGUUCACAUUUGGCCUUUGCUUUUGGCAGCAGCACUAGUGAAAUACUGUAGGAAAAUGUCUAGUGGGCUAUUUAAACUAAAGUGAAAGAAUGAGGGCUGAGGAAGACUGGCUGUGUAACUUACUUUGCAAUCAGUACGUUAUUUUAUUUUCAAAGCAGCACACACUUUACAUCAUCCUGUUUUCACAUGAUAGGUGUCAUUUAUUUUACUCGUUCACCAUUGAUCACAUUUGCAUGUAGUCGAACAUAACAUUAACAAAAUAAUGAAUAUAUAUGACAAAACUGUUUUGUACUUUGCUUAAUUGGUUUUCUGUCUGAAAUGAUUGGCAACAGUUGGGAAAAGCAAAGGCUAUGCAUUGAUAAGAAGAUUUGAUUUAGAAUACCUGACAAAUGUAUAAGAACCUGCAGAAUGAGAAAUGUCAUUUAAAAAAAAUGUGGAUAGGUCCAUUUGCUUUCAACAGUUAUAUUAUUUAGUGCAAACAUUGUGAAUUAGUGCAGUGCUCUUAUUGAAUUGUUCUUCUCUUGUGACUCCCUCUGUUUUCCCAUUCAUGGAUACAUAGAAACCCAGUUAUUAAUACAUGGAUAAAACAUGCCCUUUUUUUGGGGGGGUCCAUCAAAGCAACCCAUUCAACUACUGUAGUAGACUGUCCUCCAUAAUCUGUAUCACAUGCAUCCCCAAUUAUUAAUAUGGUGGGUGGAUGGAAACAGACCUUGAAAUAAGCCUAGAUAGCCAUGUCCCUGGACAUAUCGGUUCAGUUUUAUAAAGGGUGUGUGCACCUUUUCUCCCUUCUUUUUCCUGCAUUAUUAUCCAAUAUAGAUUGAAAGCUGUCUGACUGAUACAAUUGUAAGUUUCCAACAUUUUCUAAACGUCUGACUCUGAUUUAAGAUGCAGACACGGUUUAGACUGACUCAAACAGAAUGUGGGAAUGUGCAAUAUUCACUGAUGUAUAAUAUAUCAACUUUAAAUUAUUGAUUGCACUUAUUAACCCUAUUACUUGCCGUCUGAUAAUGAUAAGUAUGUAUCCAGUUGUUUUGGGUAGUUUGUAAUAAUUUGUAGGCAGCAACAUCUACCUUAACUCUCCCUAAGGCCUGCUUGAAUUUUUUACAUAAAUAAGUGGUGUUUGUGUCGAACGACUGUAAUAUUUGCCUGAGUGCCAGUCUGUUUGUG